AUGGAAAAUAUGAAANUAUUAAUUAAAUUUCAUGUUUAAAAUUGUUAAAGUGUUUAUUGUUAUUGUAAAGGAUUUAGAGGAGAAAAAAGAUAAGUAAUUGACAACAGAUAAAAUAAAGUUGAAAUGAAAAUUUAUAAUUCCAUUAAAGUCAAUAAUAUCUAUAUUUAAAUAGAAUUAAUUGAAAGAUAUAUUAGAUAAUUUACAAAAUAUGUUUUUGAGAUAGAAAAUAAUGAAAAAAGCCCAAAUAUAUUUCGAUUAUCAUAAUUAUUAUUAUAUAUUUGUGAAUCUGAAGAAUGCUACUAAGUAAUGACAUUUAUAAUGGAUUAUAAAUAGAAAAAUAUAAAAAAUACUUCAAUGUUAAAUGAAGUUACUCUUACAUUAAUUAUUUGUUUAGUUAAACAUAAAGUAUUAUAAAAAAUGAAACAUAAUUUAACUUAAGAUGAAGUUGAAAUAGGAAUUAGAUAUAAAAAUUAUAGAAUUACUGAAAUUAGAAGAGAUUAGAUUUUAAAUCAUAUUUUCUUAAAUAUUGAUUAAAAAAUAACAUUUAUAAAGAAUCUUUUAGAACUAAAAAUGAAUUUUCAAUAAUUAUUUUAAUCUCUAAGUUAUCAUGUAUCAAAUAUGACCAAAAUAAAAAGAGAAAUAGAAAUCUUCUAGAAAUAUUCAAAUUGUAGAACUUCUAUUUUAUUAAAUAUGUUUUAUGUUUUAGAAGUAUCAUGUGAUUUUGAUAAAUUUGUUAGAUUAAGAAAUUCAUUAAAAACAAAGAAUUUUAAAUUUUUUGAAUAUCCAUCAAGAAGUUCGAAUGCAUAAUAAUUGUAAGGAUAUAAAGUAUUAUAUUUGAAAACUAAUUUGGCAAGACAUUCAAUUAAUGGAAAGUUUUAUAGAGGUUAGAUAAUGGAUUUUUCAAAUAAUGCACCUAAUUUAUUGGGAUAUGAUCCAAAAGAAUUUAAAUAAACUAUUUAAACAGUUCAUUAAAUAGUUACUUCAAAUUUGGCUUAAUAUCAUGAUUAAUUAUUAGAAAUCUUCUUUUUAACUAAUAAACCUCCAAUUAUUCGUAAAAGAAGACCGUUACUAAUGCAAAAGAAACUUAAAGAAUUGAUAUUUUGUGAAAUGUAUCUUGAUCUUUCAUUUAAUAUAAGUGAUGAUGCAUUUCCUAUUUAUUGUUUUCUAAAAUAGAUUGUUCCAUAUGGAAAAUAUGAAAAUAUUAAAGGACAUAUUGUAAUAUCUGAUACAUUUAAAAUUUAAGGAAUAUCUAAUUUAGCAUUAGAAUAAUUCAAAAUUAAAAUUAAUGAUUAUUAUAAUAAAGGUAUAGAAGAGAUUAUUCCUAACUUUUAAUAUUAUGUUGAUUAAUUGUAACAUUAAUAUUCAGUAUAUUAAGAAGAAGAAAUAAUCAGAGAAGAGAAUGGUUCAAUCAGUCAUAAAUUUGAUUAUUAAUAAUAAGAAAGAUUACUAAUACAUUUUACAAUUGAAGUUGAAUAAUUAACAUUUAAUAUUCCUAAACUUGAAUCUUAAUAAGAUAUUUAUUAUUCAAAUUGUUCAAUAACUAUGUCAAUAGGAUUUAUUCACACUAAAAUAUAUUAGGCCUAUUUAAUUUCUUUGAAAAAAAUUGCUUUGGCAGAAAAUUAAUCAAAUUCCUUAUUGUUAGAUGCUUUUAAAAAAGGAACAUCUUAAGCAUCUUUAAAUCCAAUACAUUUUGAUUCCAUUUAAGGUUUAAUUGAUAUUAAAAGUGAAAGUGGAGAUAUUUCUGAAGUAUAAUAACUCGAAUAUAAAUAAAAUGAUUUAAAUAAUGUAAUAGAUUAUUAAAUGCCUUAAAUUUAUUCAAAUUUUCAAACUCCUUUAGAUUCCAGUAGAUUAAUACUUACUUCUUAGAGAGGACAGAAUGAAUAAUAAUAAAUUGAUGUUAUUGAAUCUAACAAUAGUUAAAUAAAUGAUAAUGAAAUAAAAAAUUUAAAUAAAGUUUGGAAUAGUUAAAGAACUAAUACAAAUAUUAAAUAACCAAAAUAAUUGAAAGUUCAAAAUUAACAAGAGUUUUUUGAAAUUAAUGCAAAGCAUCAAAAACUAUCUGAAAUGGAAUUAUUAGAUGAAGCAUCUUUUAAUUAAAUUGGAAUUAACAAGAUACCUUAAACAGAUUCACAAUAUUAAUAAAAUGGUAAUAAAGAUAUUUCAUCAUUAAUGUAAAAAUCUUAAUUAUAUAAUAAAUUUUCAAGUAAAAGUAACAUUCCAAAACUAAUCAAAUUAAUUUUAGCUGUAGAUGUUUUUAAUUUAAUAAUUAUUUUACUUCUAUCUCAUAUCUUUCAUUUUUUGUAUAUACAAAAUAUGAAUAAUAAUAAAGAAAUUUUAGAAGUUUUCGGCCCUUUUACAACUGCAGAUUUAAUUAGAAAUAGUUUAUUAGGUCUUGGACACUUAUAUAAUUCUUAAAAUAUUACUUUAUAGAAUGAAACUACACAAUUGAUUACAGAAAAUAUAAAUCAUAGAUUUGUUAUAUUUUAAGAAGUUUCACAAAAAAUUAUUGUUACUUCUACAUUAUCAGAAGUUAAAAUAAAUUUAUAUGACUAUUUUUAAAAGGAAUCAUAAGAAGUUAGUGCAUGGACUCAAAUAUUUUAAAUAUGGUAUUAGAUGAAUAUUUUUAAAGAUUUUGAUCCUUAAAAUUAAAAAUACAUGGAAGAAUUCCAUAAAACUAUACAUAUAAUACUUAAUUCAUUUUUUGAUUACAUAGAAUAAUAUGAAUCAAUAACUGAAGAAUUUAGUUUUAAAAUUAGGAGAAAUUUAAAUGAUAUUGUUUCAUUUUAUUAGAGUGUAAUUUCUUUUAUUGCUUUAACUAUAGAAGUUUUGGUAAUAUUAUGUUAUUCUUUUGCUUAUAUGCAUUUUUUUCGUCUUAAAAGAAGGAUUCUUAGAAGUUCUGAAUAAAUAUAAAUUUAAUCAUUAGAAGCUGAAAAAAUAAGGUUAUCAAAUUUAUUAUACUUUUAUAAAAAUGCUAGUGAAUUAAAUUUAUAUAAAUUUUAAUUUAAUUUCAAAAAUAAAUUAAGGUAAGAAAAAUUAAAUUAAUCAUCUUAUCAAAAUUUGAAAUUUACCAAUUAUACAAAAACUGAUUCUAAAAAAUAGUUUAAAAUAUAGGAAUAAUAAUAUUCUUGUCUACAACAUCCUUUUGUAUUAUAUCCUUUGAUUGGAAUAUUCCUAUUUUGUUUUUAUUUAAAUUAUUCUCUUAUAACAAAUUAAUAAUAAAUUGAAAUAUAUACAAAAAAAUUAAAUUAAUUCUCUGUUUAUAUAAAUUAUUGUUAAGAAGUAACUGAAAUAUUUUAUUGUGAUUAUAUAGUUUAAAUUUAAGAUAAAUUAAAAGAAAUUGAAAUUACUGAUAAAUUAUUGGAUCUUUAUAAAGAUAAAGUUCAAGAAUCCUAUGAAGAAUUCUUGUAAUAUGAUGAAUAGUUUAAAUAUGGUUAUUCUGAUUAGUCUUUAAAUGUUUUAGCUGAACUGUUACAAAAUACUUGUUCAGUUAUAGAAAAUUAAUUAUGUAAUACUAUUUUAAAUGGAAAAUUGACAGAAGGACCAAUGUAUUCUAUUUAAUAUUAUUCUAAUAUGGUAAGAGAUGAUAUAAAUUCAAAAUUUAAUACAACAAAAAAAUUCACAAGAGAUGAUUUGAUAGGAAUAAACUUUAUAUCCUAAAGUUUGGAGAAUUUAUUUAUACAAAUGAAAAAUUAAUUAUAAGAUGAGAUUCAAAUAUAAUUAGAUAAGAAAUUCAGUUAUUUUUUACUUUUUGAGAUGGUAACAUUUUUUAUCUACUUUUUUUAAUUAAUUUUUAUAUUUAGAUUAUUGAAUUCAAAGUUUUUUGUGUGUAGAUAACUUCCAUAUAUAUUGCCACCAUAAUCAAUUUAUGGAGAAGACAGCUUUCUAAAAUCUUUAUAAUAUAUUGAAAAAAUAUAUAAUAAUAUUUUGUAAUGA